CUCGUCUAGCGUGAAAGAUGUCGGCAGUGACGGAAUCGUAGAAAAAACGCGACUUCUUCCAUCAGCAGCGGAUGGUAUUUCAAGAGAUCUAGAGUGUUUAAAACAGAAAAUUUCGAUUGCUGUUGCAUUGUGCAAAGUGAUUUUCGUGAUUCAGGGCGAGGUUUGCGCUUCAAUUGCCCACUUUAAUGUGAUUUUUGGUGUCCAACGGCGGUGGAGUUUGGUGGAAAAUUGGGCUGCAUUCGUGCGGAAGCCAAAUGAAAAUGGUGCUCUCUUUAUAAAGCUUGAAAAAGUUCGAAAAGUGAAGCUGUCCUAGCAGUUGCUUGACAAAUGUGUACAGCGAAGGCUGGCUGUGUCGUCGUAUUAUUCGUUAGUGAGCGUGUAUUCUAGUGAGAAUCGUCCCGAGGGCACAAUCAUUCUGUAGUUUUUUUUUUUGUUGAGGCCGACUAACGGGAGCUGCACUGGAAGGAUAUCUACUAUCAAAUGAAUGUGUCUACUUCAAAAUUGUAUCCCUUCGUGCGCCUGUGACUGAGGUCAGCCCAUAUCCUGAGGUAGAGAGCGAAUAAUCAGCGUCGAUUGCAUUCCCAUCCCACCAGGACACGAGACACAACACAGCAGGAUGCAACGUGCGUUUGCCUUAUCAGCCGCAAGCAGAGCCGGUGUUUAUGACGGGAAGAUAGCUGGCCUAUACGACCUCGAGGAAACGCUCGGCUCUGGACAUUUUGCCGUUGUGAAGCUUGCCCGCCAUGUUUUUACCGGCGAAAAAGUAGCCGUGAAGGUGAUUGAGAAGACCAAGCUGGAUGACAUUUCGCGGGCACAUCUGUUCCAGGAAGUACGUUGCAUGAAAUUGGUUCAACAUCCCAACGUGGUACGAUUGUACGAAGUCAUUGACACGCAGACCAAGCUGUAUCUUAUUCUUGAGCUUGGCGAUGGCGGCGAUCUCUACGAUUACAUCAUGCGCCACGACAAAGGGCUGUCGGAAAACGUCGCCAAGGAAUACUUUCGGCAGAUUGUGCGGGCUAUUUCCUACUGCCACGAGUUGCAUGUAGUGCACAGGGAUUUAAAGCCGGAAAAUGUAGUAUUUUUCGAAAAACUAGGUGUAGUGAAAUUGACCGAUUUUGGCUUUAGUAAUAAGUUCUGCCCCGGGCAGAAACUUGAGACAUCCUGUGGAAGCUUAGCGUAUUCAGCACCGGAGAUCUUGCUAGGAGAUUCCUAUGAUGCUCCGGCGGUUGAUGUAUGGUCCUUGGGGGUGAUUCUGUUUAUGCUCGUGUGCGGCCAUCCACCUUUCCAGGAAGCAAAUGACUCAGAAACGCUUACGAUGAUCAUGGACUGCAAAUACACCAUGCCGGAACACGUGUCCGCUGGCUGUAGGAGGCUUAUCGGUGCUAUGCUCGUACGGGAACCGGAAAAGCGCGCCACCUUGCAAAAGAUUGCACAGGAUACCUGGCUGAUGGAAGGUAGCACUGAGGAAACGCCCGAGUACCUGCCUCUGGUGAGCCGAGAACAAGUCAGCGAGGAGGACCAUUCGUUGAUUAUUCAAAAAAUGAUCAACGGCAAAAUCGCUACCAAAGAGGAAAUUUUAGAGGCUCUAGAUCGUAAUGAAUAUAAUCAUAUAACGGCGACCUAUUUUCUGUUGGCAGAGCGAAAAUUACGCGCCCACCGGCAGGAAGAGGCGCAAAAACGGAAACCGGAGCUCACACUGCCGGUAUCCAAUUCAACAAGACUGCAAACUUUCAAGAAGGAUUCGAAAGACAACACGAAGGAGGACAAUUUUCUGCCAUCGAAGCUGGGCAUGCAUCUCAGUGUGCCGCGGACGCCUUGCGCCGAAACGGGACAGAUCGGUCGCAACCGCAAAUGCAGUAUUGUGCAGGAGGAGGAAGACGACGAGGAUGAUGUUACUGGUGCUGGCCACGAGGAGUUAUCUGCGCCGUUGAACCGUCGAGGAUCGCGAUCGGAGGGUCGCAUUAACAUUACCGUUCAGGAUCGAAUAGCCGAAUCGGAGCGGUUGAAGCUGGAGGCUGAAAAGCAAACAGAAGCCAUAGAAAAAUACGAACACCAACAGCAGCAGCAGCAGCAGCAGUUAGAGGCGAAGGAAAAUUCUACCGCACUGCUGGGGGGAAUCGUUGGUAUUGGCAACGUUACGUUGAUAACAAGUGAAAACAGUUGUACCAAAGAUAGACUAGGAAUCGCUGGUGGUGGACUGCAACGGAAGGUGCCGCCGGAAAUCAAACGAACCGGUGUGAAUUUUACCAAAAAGACUUCCAUCCUAAAACCAAACUUAGCUAAAAUAGGUGAUGGAAAUUUUAGAGCAAAUUCGUUCGACAAGUGUGUUGCCAGCAUAAAAGACGUCGAGCUGGUGAACACGAAAAUUCUUACGGAUAGCUCAACAAUAACUAUUCCAAUUCCAAGCCUAAACAUUGUUACCACUUCUAAUAUACCCAAGUACAAGACGAUGCCCUCGCCCACUAGAGCUAACACUAUUCUAAAUAACACGACAAAUUGUUUGAACGAAAUCUUCGAAGAGGGUACCGAUGUUGGCAGUUCUGAUAGUACAACAACUACACCGCGACCGGUAGUUCGGAACCAGUUUAAUGUUCGAAACCAAAAUCAAGGCAGUGGCACUGGCAACAAUGCACAUCGGCGGACCAAAUUCAACAAAUCUCGAACUGCAUCGUGCAGCAGUUCGGAUGCUUCGGACGAUGAUUCCGAAAACAGAAAAAAGAGAGCUCAUAAGAUUGUCGAUUCUGCGGUGAAGCCACUGACGCAACGGCGUGAUUCUCACGACGAUUCCAGUGAUUCGCAGGAUCCAGGAAAUGCGGCUGCUCCGUCCGGAACGGCAACAGUUCGAGUUAUUAUGAGUGGCGCUAACACCGAUAGCAGCACAACUACCAGCAACGGUAACAGCAAUCAACCUUCUUCAGAGAAGCGAACCAACGGUGGAAACAGGCAGAAAUCCUCCCAACAGGUUGAUUUCAGGCGACAUCGAGGGCGAAGGAGACCCGUAGAAACUCGUCUUCGCGAAAGUCAGUCGCUGAAUCGAAUAACAGAGGUACAGGAAUCGGAAACAUCGCAUUCCGCUGCUGUACAGGCUGCUGCGGCAGCCGUUGGUGCCAUAUCGACCGUGCCAAGUGACGCUAGUGAAAAAUGCAGUCAAAAUACCGACAUGAAUGAAGCUUUGCUUGAUCAUAUUUGUAGCAAUAACCUUCCAUUGGAUGUGAACAGCAUCGAUUGUGCGAGCAGUCAGACCAGCAAUAGCAAUACCACAAGUACCCCCGGCGGAGGCAGUAAUAGUAGCAGUAACACGAACCCUACGAAACCAAAGGGUUUCAGCGCGCGAAUAUUUCACACGUUCAAAAAGCAACAACCGUCAUCGAACAGUUCCACGCCCAGCGUCGAUGCACUGCCGGUGGAUGCGAAAAAUGGAAUGACAGCUGCUGCUGCUGCCAGCGACGAUAUCGAGAUCGUGGUCGAACUGGCAAAAGCGCUCAACGGAACCGAAAGCAACAGUAAGAGUACGAAGAAGAUCAAAAUUCUUGGCAGGUAUUUUCAGGUUCACAAAAAAAUCUACGUUCCGCUGUCCGGCUUGUUCCAGCGGGGUCGUCUCUACAAGGCCCAGUCCUGCGGUUCGAUUGUGCGCGAUAAGGUGAACGUGAACCCGAGCGGAGCUGGCGGCCGUGGAUCGGCCAACUCGAAUGCUCGUCAUUCGACCGUAUUCAACGAGAAGAAUCGUUUCAUUAAAAACUGUUUGACCGGUUCUCGGCUGCUUGGCAGUGAUGGUGACAUCAAUCACAACGGAAACAGUUUUAUCACAUUGCCGUCCGGCGGUGCCAGUGGUACCAUGACCAAUGGCACUGUAUCGCCAGCUGAGCUGGUGAUGGCCGGUGCCGCUGCCGCUGGUCCAGCUAGCCCGUGUGGGCUGGCAGCCGCUUCCACCGGAACGCCUGCAUCAGUGCCAAUCAAAACCGCGUAGUGGUAGAUAUCGGCGCAUGGCAAGUGGCGUGAUAGCACUAAGUCAGCCGUUGUUUAGCGAAUAUAUAGUACAUGUAUUAGUUUGAAGCAGCUUACUGUCGAGGUAGUUGCGUUCUUAUUUUGGUACUAGUUUAGAUCUGGACUCAAUGUUCCUUAUGUGUGUAGUUCACAACUGUCAUUCAAAUUAUCCGCCAGGGCGGAAGCCAUUAUUUAAAACUUAAACAUUUCGCUCCAUGUGAAGCUAGAUUUUCGUAAUAUGGCCGUCGUUAUCCCGAAUACAGCUAAAGUGCACCAAAGAGAUCUCGACUGCUAACUCAACUAUGUAGGUACAUCUAGAAAUAAAUCAUAACAUCACCUUUUUAGCUUCAUCCCGCUCCCGGCACUAAUAAACAUCGAUAAUAAACCAUAUAUUCUCUAAAUGUACGGGAAUUGAACACGGUUAACGUGUUGAUUGAAUUUUUUUGUGCAAUAAUUAUAUGAGCUUCUAGGUUUCUUGUGUAAAUUUGAAGAGAGCAAAUCUAUUAAUCGUGACAAUUUUUACUCCUUUUGUGUUGAUAGAAUGCAUAUAAUUAUCGGUUAAUAUUCUUAUACUUUUUUUUUCGAAUAGCAAAUCUGUCCGCUCUAGUUACUUUUAAGCAACAAUUUAUGUAACCGAUCUGUUGAGGGCACCGUAGUGAUGUUUUGAAUACUGGAAGAAAGUCUCAGACUCUACCUACUUUGUAUGUGCUGUGCACAGGACUCUAAACACAAGCGAUUGCAAGUAAACCAAACAAAUAAUGCAAAAUGAAGCAAAUAGCGAUCGAGAAGAAAAUAAACAAUGUUCGAUUUGGUGGUGUCCGGUUUGCUUUUCAUCUUGCAGUAGAUCUUAGUUAGAUAUUACAAAAUACACAUAUGAGAAAAGAAAAUGUUGCCAAUAUUCCUUCCCGCCCCUGUUUUCCCCCUCUUAUUUGUACGUAUCCUUAUGUAUUUGAGAGCAAACUAAGCUACCUUAAAUGGCGUAAACGUUCUAGGACAAACUUAUAUAGGGCACAACAGAUGAAAAUACAAGUUACUACGACUGGGUGCAGAAGCUGUAAUACUUUUAGCACAUAGGUUACCUCUCACUGGCUAGCAAAACAAGCGCAUCUUUCAUCUCAUUUCCCAUACGUCUUUCGCUAGAAAAAGAAGCUUCGUGUUUUUAUACUGCCUUGUCGACCGACACUUCCUGAACUGCAUCAACAUCAAUUCAAACAAUCAAUUCAAACAAUCAAUUCAAACCUAUCAGUUCUAACUCGCAAAAAGUGCUAAAAUUUAAAACUCAAAAAAUGGCAUGUUUUGUAAUUUAGAAUAUUCUGUAUUGUUGAAAUAAUUCGAAAAAAAAAGAAAACGGUUUCCGUGACGUCAAUUUACGGGUCAAGUACACAGCGUCUCCAUAGAUUUUGUUGAAAAGGGGACGUAUAAUAAUUUUUACCUUUCUCUAAUUUUCUACAGUAUUUUGAAUCGAAUUUUUCUCUUUGAUGAUGAAAUGCCAGAAACGAUACAUGCAGUGAAAUAUAAUAUAAUAUUCAUACGAACCUUUAUAAAAUGAAUGGUGAUCUAUACAAAAAAUCCUUAGUUUGGUUCCUUUUCGUUAAUUUUUCCUAGCGUUAGACAGCCCACAGCCCAGCACCAGAACGUUGCAGAUUUCAUUGCAUGAAACAGAAAAGAAACAAAAUAAAAAAAAAAACAAAAAAGAAACAUUAGCAAAGCACUCGAAUUAAUCUCUGUGUUUGUACGAGGGGUGGCAUAACUAAACAUAGAUUAGAAAAUCUUAAGGUAUUGAUAAACUAACAGUAAUUGGAAAUAUUAUGUAAUAACUAUAUGAAGUAACAGGGGGUGAACUACUGAGAAACAAGCUGGACUUGUCGAGAAGUUAUAUAUUUAAAGGGAAAAGCAGAUAAAUCAUUUGUUUAAUAUUUAACUUUAUAUUUCGCGCAUUUUACUUUUUAAGAUGAAUUUACACAUUGAUAUGAAUUUGCAAUGUAAGUGAAUUAGACACAAACAAAAACAUGCUAGUGAAAUUGUUCAUCUAUUUCUUGACUGUCAUAAUGUCGAAGGGUCAAACAUCAACCAUCCUACAUACAUACAACGCAAUCCUAUUUAUACAACAAACCAGAGGAAACAUUCUUGCAUAAAAUAUUCUUUAAACCUAUUCUAAGGCAGUCUGUUACAAAUCCUAACGAGUGUUCCUUUCGUUCGAAUUAUCGCCUACACAUUAGAUUUAAAGUAACAAAAAAAAAAAACAAACUUCAUUUGAUUCCAAACUAAAAAAGUGUAACCCCGGCGAAAAAAACUCCAAAACUAUCUACCACACUAUCUCCUAUCCGAGUUACUUCCUUCCUUCGAACUCUACCGUUACGAAAAUUUAUUCAUUCUAUCUACACCUACGCAACCACCACUAAAAGAUACAAAGUCUACUAGAACAAGCAAACAGAGAUCAUGGACAUAACACGCAUGCAUAGUUUCUAGGCUACACGACACAAUAGAUGUUCUAAUUGGGUAGUGAAUAUAGUCUAUAUCCAGCGAUGGAACGGUUUAGAAAAAAAUACCCUUUGCAUAAAAUAGAAUUUGAACACGAAACCACCAUUCAACCCGUUCGUAAAGUAAAUGCUACCACAAACUCAUCUCACACCUGCAAAAUACACCGAUUUAACAUGCGCUCGUAAAAACAAUUGCAAGUACAUAGCAAAUACCCUCAGAAACAAAGCUAACUUUUGGCAACAACAUACGCAAUAGAUGAAAAUGAACAAGCUGUCGAAUAUAUCAGCAAAAAUAAAA